AUGGUGAGUGUCCUGUCCUUCGAAGGGAAGGGAGGUGAAAACGUCAUGCUGUGGAUUCGCGAGGUUGAAAUGGCCAUGAGUUCGGUUUUGCUCCAACCUGAGCAGCAGCGCGUAGUGUUGCGAUCACUAAGCUCAGCGGGCGAACGGAUGAGUGGGCUCUCACGAGCGUCGUCGGUCGACGGUACUUUCCCGACGUGGGACGAGCUUAAGGAAAAGCUGUCGGUGGUGUUCCUACCGCCAAACCACGUUUACCGCGUGCGCUCACGCUUCUUGGUAUGUCGUCAAGACAAGAAGAAUUUGUUGAACUUUGUUCAAGGGCUACGCACGCUCAUCGCAGGCAUGUUUGCCGAUUCACUCCCCGAGGCAGUCACAACCACGGGGUUCAUGGAUGGUCUCCGGACCAGCGUGGCCUGCACGGAAGUUUUCCGUAGCCGGCCCGCCUCGUUCGAGGAGGCCGUAGCGGGUAAGCAGUUGUACACACUCUUUAAUGGAGUGACGGGUGAACUUAAUGGCAACAUCAACUUGGACACUUUGCCGUCCUGUAAUGCUCUGCUAGAGCUGGAUGAGAUGUGCUUGACUGAUUUUGGUGAUGCCUUAAAGGCCUGCGGUUUAGCCGACGUGGUCAUGAUUCGACCUGAAGAACAACUCAACUCGUCGUCGGUGGUUGACGAAGCGGCCCUGGAGGACACCAAGAAGGCGCUGAACGCGCGUAGCGGAUCUGAGAUCCUCAAAGAUGCUGACGUCAAUGGACGUGAUCGCGCUAUCGCGUUUGAAUCCCGGCAACUCAAGGCCACCGAGAAGAAUUACCCUGUCCAUGACAAAGAACUUCUAGCGAUGAAGUAUGCUCUGGUGAAGUUCAGGGUUCACUUGAUUGACUCGAAGCCGUUUGUGGUUUACACCGAUCACGCUUCGUUGCGUACUGUGAACCAGUCGCCUCACCUCUCCCAGAGAAUGGCCCGUUGGCUCUCCUUCUUUGCAGAGUAUUACUUCGAGAACCUAACCCUCUAUGAGGCGCUCGACUCAGCCGUCCCUGGACACCUUGGUCGUGAGAAGACCUACAGCUCUUCCAUGAGCAUGGACUUUGUGUUUGGCCUUAUUAAGGAUUCUGAUGGCAACGCUGGCGUGGUGGUCUUCGUUGACCAAUUGAGCAAGAUGGCUCACUUAGCGGCUGAGCUGGAUACAAUCGACGGCAACGGUACAGCUACGCUGUUUUUGGAUCGUGUGUUUCGCCAACACGGACUCCCAGAGUCAGUUGUCUAUGACCGAGAUCCUCGUUUUACGAGUGACUUUUGGCAGAAAGUCUUUGAAGUGCUGGGCACGAGGUUGGAUACGUCCACGGCGGACCAUCCGCAGACCGAUGGUCAAACGGAACGUGUUAAUCGCGUUGUCGAAGACAUGCUUCGCAGUACCUGCACGGAGACGCCAAAGCGUUUGAGCGCUAUGCUCCCACUCGUUGAGUUCUCAUUGAAUAAUGCAGUUAAUGCCUCUACAUACUUUAAUCCGUUCUAUGUGAACAGUAUGCGGCACACGUGCGUGCCGCUGACCCGUCACGACGUGACUCUGGGCUUGAUGGAGGAGAAUCCGACUGGCUGGGAGAUAUCAGCUCUAUCGCUCUGCGGAAACAAGUGGAUGAUUUCUUGCCGACACGCCUUAGUGUCUUACGUCACGUACUUGACGCGAUGGCUGAAAGCCAAGAUGUUCAAAAGGAACAAGCGGAUGCCAGAGGCAGGGACAAUUUAUGGAACUUUGAGGUUGGGGAUAAAGUGUUAUUAA